CACACACCGUCUAACCGGCCUUCUUUCGUUUACUUGAACCGACCCUGUUUUUUCUUGAAGCUCCAGCACCCGCCUAACGAGCGCGGGCUGUCACCAUGGGGAAGAACAGGAAAAACAAAUCAAAUCGUGGCAUUUUUGCCACUACGACCACCCUGGCGAUGAACGGCGGCGAGAGCGAUGAUGCCGUCCAUGGCGCCGUCACGGCGGUUGCCGCUGGAGCUUCCCCGGUGGAUACGGCCGCGGAUCUGGCAGGCACGCCCCAGACGCUUGCCUCGAAGGAGUCCUCGGCGGGUAGUCUAAAACGACCAAGCCCCCAUGAUGCCGAUGACGACGACGGAUGGCAAACUAUCGAGCGCGGCAGGCCGGUGAAGAAGCACAAAAAAGUCCCUGGCCCCAACUCAAACCGGUACCCGGCCAUCUACUUCUCGCCGCAGGCAAGGUUGCAGGCUAUGAUCAGUGUUUCGUCCCUGCGCGACCUCAUCGUGUACAUCUUCGCCGACGGCCCCGCCCCGCAAUGGGUUGCCGUCAAGCACCGCCCCGAGUUCAGGAAGAUCGUUGCGAUCGUGGUUCCCGGCCUCGAGGAGGCCAUGUUCAAGGAGAAUGUGGAUUUUUCCACCUACAACAAGCUUCCGCCGGAUCAAGCGACCGACCGGAUUGCUACGGCCCCCGAUGACUAUUAUCCCCGCGUGCUUAAGGAGGAGGCUCUACCACCCGCCCUGAAGCCAUUUGCCGAAAUGUUCCCGCAUCUCUGGCCUGUGAGAGCACCGGGCGACGACAAGUAUGCCAAGCUGUACUCUCCACUGCAGUCGAUGCUCACGGUUCCUCUUUCUAAAGAGAAGAAAGGCGGCGUCCAGCCUUUAAACGAACCCCGCGGCUGGAAAGACGAGAGGACAAGGAUUACAGAAUUCUUGGCCACGACGGAUGAGCUAAUGGAGCAUGGCUUCCCAAUACAUCCCGCAAUGCUCCCAGACGGAGCGAAACGGGAUGCGUUCAGGGACCCGGACGGUUUUGUCCAUACCAGGGUGACCAGACUCGAGGAAGGUGAUGUCCCCGAAGCCGAGAUCGAGCAGGGCAGCAUCACGGCAGGCCGCCAAGUCUUGGCUCUCGAUUGCGAGAUGUGUAUGACCGGAGAGAAAGAGUUUUCUCUCACCAGGAUAAGCCUGGUGUCCUGGGACGGCGAGGUCGUCCUGGACGAGCUUGUCAAACCUGAUAAGCCGAUCAUAGACUAUGUCACGCGGUUCUCGGGGAUUACAAAAGAAAUGCUCGACCCUGUCACGACGACCCUGAGCGACAUACAGUCUCGACUGCUGGACCUGUUGCAUCCGCGCACCAUCCUUGUGGGGCACUCGCUCGACUCGGACCUGAAGGCGAUCCGACUUGCCCAUCCUUUCAUCGUUGACACCUCCAUCCUUUUCCCCCAUCCGCGCGGUCCGCCACUCAAGUUAUCCCUGAAGUCUCUAGCACAGAAAUACCUCAACAGGGAGAUCCAAAAAGGCGAUGGCACCAUCCAUGGACAUGACAGCAUCGAGGAUGCCAAGACCUGUCUCGAUCUUGUCAAGAAGAAGUGCGAGAAGGGCAAGGCCUGGGCUGCUGGCGACGUGCAAGGCGAGAACCUAUUUAAAAGAUUGGCUCGUGCCGGUACCGCCUACCGCGCCACGGCCGGACCUGGAGCAACGGGCGGCCUGCCUGUGGGAAAGAGCAGCGCAGCCGUCGACUGGGGCGACGCGACAAGAAGCGCUUGCAACGCUGCAACCGUGACCAUCUCGUGCGAGUCCGACGCCGAGGUGGAGGCCGGCAUUAUCCGCGCCGUCAAAGGCGACCCGGACGGGCUCGAGGUCCCCGGCGGCGGUGUCGACUUCGUCUGGGCGCGUCUGCGCGAGCUAGAAGCCUUACAAGGGUGGUGGAACCGCAAUAAAGUGGUCGGCGACGGACCGGGCGGGCCCCCUCCGUCCAGCCAGACCGAGGAUGCCGGCAGCGGCGAUCCCGGCGAUUCGCCCCUCGAAAGAUGCCUGACCAGCCUCAGCCAGCGACUCAAGCGCAUCCACGACGCGCUCCCGCCCUGCACGGCCUUCAUUGUCUUCAGCGGCACGGGCGACCCGCGCGAGGUGGGCCGGCUGCAGGCGAUGCAGGCGCAGUUCCGCAGAGAAUACAACACCCCGGGGUCCAAGUGGGACCAGCUCAGUGUCCAGUGGACCGACAAGGAGGAGCAGGCGCUGCGCCGGGCGGUGCGGGCCGCAAGGCGCGGGAUCGGCUUCAUCGGGGUGAAAUAG